CUCCAUCUUCUCGUGAGAUUUUUUUGAUCUUCAGCUACACUUUGUGAGAGACCUUGUAAUCAAAGGAGAUGGCUAGCAAUGUUAUCAACAAAACAGACCCUCGAUCCAUGAAUUCCUGUGCAUUCCCUGGGAAUCUCAAUACACUUGUGGUCAAGAAGUCUGUGGAGGCAAUCUUUUCAAAGUACGGCAAAAUUGUGGGUUGCUCUGUGCAUCAGGGCUUUGCCUUCAUCCAGUUUGUUAACGAAAGAAAUGCUCGAGCUGCUGUAACUGGACAGGAUGGCAGAGUGAUUGCUGGCCAGGUUUUAGAUAUUAAUCUGGCUGCAGAGCCAAAAGUGAACCGAGGAAAAGCAGGUGUGAAACAAUCUGCAGCGGAGAUGUGUGGUUCCUCAUUUGUUGUGGACUAUGACUUUCAACGGGAUUAUUAUGACAGGAUGUACAGUUGCCCAGCACGUCCUCCUCCUCCUCCUCCUCCUCUUCCUCCUCCUCCUCCUAUUGUCCAAGCUGUGGUGCCUUCUAAACACCAGCACAUUUCUGGAAACACCUUUCGAAGGGGGAAAAGUGGAUUCAAUUCGAAGAGUAGACAACGGGGAUCUUCAUCCAAGUCUGGAAAGGAGCUGACUCAGAUAAAGCAAAAAGUGGAUUCUCUGCUGGAAAGCCUGGAAAAAAUUGAAAAGGAACAAAGCAAGCAAUCUGUAGAGAUGAAGAAUGAAAAGUCUGAAGAAGAGCAGAGCAGUGCCUCUGUGAAAAGAGAUGAGACUAACGUGAAGAUGGAGUCCGAGGCCGGCACAGAUGACUCUGCUGAGGAGGGUGACCUGCUGGACGAUGAUGACAGUGAAGAUCGGGGGUCGUACAGCCAGCUGGAGUUGAUCAAGGAUGAUGAAAACGAGGCUGAGGAAGGAGAGGAUGACAGAGACAGCGCCAAUGGAGAGGAUGACUCUUAAGCACAUGGUGGAGU